AUGCAAAACGGUCAUAAAACAAGUAACCGGUGCUUGGUAUUACGCGAAUUUGGUAAUAUCAAUAAACACCAAAUUCAAGAAAAUCCCAUCCCAGAACCUGGCGAAGGUCAAAUUCGCGUUAAAGUUGAAGCAUGUGGAGUUAAUUUUCCUGACAUGAUGGCUAUUCAAGGUCUCUACUGUACUAAUCCUCCUCCUCCAUGUGUUCUUGGCUAUGAAGUUUCUGGUUACGUAGAUUCGUUUGGUGAAGGGGUCGAUGGCGUGGUUGGAGCCAGGGUUAUUGCCCUCUGUCCUCGGGGUGGUUGGAGUGAAUACGUUGUUGCAGAUAAAGACUUUGUAUGGCUAAUGCCUGAAAAAAUGACUUUUGAAGAUGCAGCCGCCAUACCAGUUAGCUAUUUGAUGGCCUAUUUGGCGUUAUUUAAAUCUGGAAAUUUGCAAUCAGGGCAAACCGUUUUAUGCCACAUAGCAGCCGGUGGUAUUGGUUCUGCUGUUGGCCAGUUAUGCAAAACUGUCCCUAAGGUAACAUUAUAUGGCACAUGCUCUGAAGAAAAGAACGAAUCUGCGCUCAAGAAUGGAUAUUCACAGUUGAUUGAUUACAGAAACAAAGAUUAUGUUAAAGAAAUAAAACAAAUGGAACCAGAUGGGGUUGAUUUAGUUUUGGAUCCUUUGGGCGCCGGUGAUAAUAAAAAAAAUUAUGAAGUGGUAAGACCUUUUGGCAGGCAGAUUUUAUACGGCUGCACAACUGCUAUCAACGGUGAGAAACGUAGCUUAAUCCAUCUAGCUAAAACGUUUUGGAACUCGUCAUCUAAAAAUCCAAUGGACUUGAUGUGCGAUAGUAAGAUGAUAGGGGGAGUCAAUCUUCAAUCCGUAUUUGAUGGUCACUAUAAAGGCUCUCUUUCAGUUGCUAUGAACGACAUUCUUCGAUGGUAUAAGGAAGGAAUAAUUAAGCCUAAGAUCGAUUCUGUUCAUGAUUUUGAAAAUUUUGCUGAAGCUUUCCGUCGCAUAUAUGAACGAAAAAAUAUUGGUAAAGUUGUACUGAAACCGAGCAAAUCACCAACUACUGUCUAA